AUGGAUUCUAAAUCCGACUCUCCAUCGCAUCCGCGGCAGUUCUCCGCCAUUAUAGCUGGAAAUAUUGAUGGACGAACGGAUAAUGUUCGAUACCGCCAAAGACAAUUCCACCGCCUCCAAGCGAGCAUUCUCCAACACCUGACGGAAUUGAAAGAGGCUAUCUCCCAGGACUCGGGUCAUAGCGAAGAAGAAGUGCAGACGGAAGUCUGUCUCUCGCUGAAGGAAAUUCGCUCUCAUUACUCAUCCCUAAACUUCGAGAAGAGUGUCCAGGUAGAGUACCGUGUGGCACGCGGAGAAGACAAUGUGGACAGGAAGAAAGGUGCAGGCAUUGUCUAUAUCAUACCCUCCACCCACACAAUCUUUUAUUCGGUCAUCGCCGCGCUGAGUGCAGCCCUCGCGGCAGGGAACUGUAUCAUCGUGGAGCUUCCCAAAACCACCUCAAGGGUUACUGCUCUACUUCCCGGAGUCCUCACCGGAGCGCUAGAUAGUGAUACAUUUGCUAUCAGUGAGAGUCGCCCCGACGCAGAAUUCCUUAGUACUACUCGUGUUUUGAACCAACAGUCGUCUGAUCGUCUUACACCUUCAAUCCUCGAGUCUCCGAACACUUUGCGGACGGUGGCCGUGGUAGACCGAACGGCAAAUCUUCAGGAAGCGGCGAUUGACCUUGUCCGAGCGCGGUUUGCAUUCAAUGGCAGCUCUCCGUACGCCCCGGAUGUAGUGUUAGUGAACCAGUUCUUCAUGCAACCCUUCGUGGAGUUGGUGAUCAAACACGUUGCCAAACAUGUCGGGAGCGACAACCGUGGCUCCAACUCGCUUCCUAAGCGCCCCAGACAGUCAUCUGUGCUUGACCAGAUAGGUUCUGAGAAGGGUGCUAAGGUGAUCGUGUCUGGCACUGGAUGGGGUGUUGCGUUGAUACAGGAUCGGUAA